GCUAUGCUAUCUAGCGCCAACUCACCCCGAUUACCUAAAGGACUUAGACAUUCACUGCAACUUGCUAGUAUCACCAUAGCUUCUGCUUGAUAAAUACCAUGGCACACAAUACAUUGAAUGGUAAAGUGUCGUCGGGGAGUGGCUCAAAGGACCCCAUCAUCCUAGUCCAAUCCGUUGCGUUUGCGGGCCACACUAUUCCUCUUAUGCAGGUUGCGGAAUAUCUCGUCCAGCGUGGUUAUGAUCUUUACUACCUUGGAGGAACUGAAUUCAAAGAACCCAUCGAGGCCACUGGGGCCAAAUUUAUUCCCUAUCUUGGACUCAGCGAUACCUACAUCCAGACAUGGAUGCCUGUCCACGGGUUAGGGACUGGUAUAGAAACCGCACCCUCAUGUCUCAGGUUGUUAGCCGCUUGUAUGCCCAGCCAGCUUGAAUCAACACGGAACGCUCUGACAAUUAUACGAGAGAAGGAACCGGGUCGGGAGGUUGUCAUCGUGUCCGAAAUUGCCGCCGCAGGUAGCAUUGUUCCGUUCAGGCUCGGCGCUCCGUUGCCCGCCGGCUAUUCCGAGCUCCCGAAGGUUCUCGGCGUCAACAUCAUCCCACCUUGGUGGACGUCGGUGGACUAUGUCGACUUUUGGAUGGACACGCCUUACGUUCCCGGCCAGGACCCGAAGAUAAACCGGCUCAUCGCCAAGUUGGCGCGAGAAGGCAUAUUCAAGGAGGCGUGGGAGCGCUUCCCAGUUACACUGGAGUCAUUAUCGGCUUUUAAGCCGAUGGAAAGUCUCUUCGGCGAUCAUGCUAAGAAAAUUGAUCACGUCUUAUGGGAUAUGCAUUUCGUCGCUCCCGAUAAGACCCUACAGAUGUGUAUCCCUUCGCUCGAGUAUCCCAGAUCAGACUGGCCGCCUAAUUUCGCCUUUGGCGGGACGCUGCCGCCUAAGGCCUGGCGCAAGCCUAACUUCGUGUUCCCGGACUGGUUCGCGCGGGUGCAAGAGAACAGUGCGAAAGAUGUGACUUCCGCCUCCCGCAAGAAGAUCGUAGCCAUUGCGCAGGGGACCCUAGCUAUCGACUGGGAAAAUGUGCUCAUCCCGACGAUUCAGGGGUUGGCACACAGGGACGAUGUUCUCGUCGUCGCCAUCCUGUGUGUCAGAGGCGCCGAACUGGGAGACCGGCUGCCAAUACCGGUGCCGGCAAAUACCAUUGUCGUAGACUACUUCCCGUACGAUGCAGUCAUCGAGCAUGCGGACGUCUUCGUCUCGAACGGCAGCUACGGUGUGUUCUCACAUUGUGUCGCGCAUGGUGUGCCGAUGGUCCUCUCUGGCUAUACUGAAGAUAAGGGCACGCUAGGUAUGAGGGCAGAGUAUGCGGGAUUCGCUAUCAACCUGGGCAUAGAGCAGCAGACACCUGAAGCGUUUGAAAAGGGAGUUGAUACUGUCCUCGCCAAUCCUAAAUACAAGACACGGGCUAUGCAAUUAAGGGCCGAAGCAGAAGAGUUCGAUGCCUUGGGCACCGUGGAGAGAGAGCUGAGGGCUAUGUUUUAGACCUACUAUAGCGUAGACGGUAUAGAACAUGCCUCAGAUAGUCAUGAACUUCAUUGGUAUUGUUAUUGUUCAGAAAGCCCGGUGUUGCCC